AUGAGUGGUGACGAUUCGGACGACGAUAAUGUAAUCCUUUACGGAACUCCUUUAGAACCAUUUGAAGAAGAUGAAGUUCCUACAAAAAAGAAAUAUCAACAACAACAAGAUCAAUAUGCAGUGGAUGAUCAUGGAAGACGGAGGUUCCAUGGUGCUUUUACUGGAGGUUUCUCAGCAGGUUUUGGUAACACUGUGGGGACACCUGAGGGAUGGACGCCUAGUAGUUUUAAAAGCUCUCGUUCUGAAAAAGCACAAGUAUCAAAUCAAAGACCAGAAGAUUAUAUGGAUGAGGAGGAUCGGUCAGAAUUUGGAAUUGCUCCAAGACAUUUACAAACUAAGAAUGAAUUUUCGGGGCAAAAGAGACCACAUCAAAAAAGCUUUCAUGAUGGCCCAAUCCCUGGAGAACCAGUUUUAGGUCAGUUGAUACGGGCGGUCCAUGAGACAGCGGCAGUGAAGAUUCUGCGUAAGAUGGGCUGGAAGCCAGGUCAGGGUGUAGGGGAUAGAGUGUCGCAUGGAGAGAAGAAAAAAGCUAAGGAACAGCAUAAAGUAUAUGGAUGUUACAUGCCCCCGGAGAUGAUGCAGCAAAAAACUGAACAAUCAGACAGUUCAGAUUCAGAGUUCGAGUACGACACACUCUUCGCGCCAGACGACUAUGAACCUUAUAUACUAGUGCAUAAAAACGAUAAAUUCGGAAUUGGCUAUAAAGGUCUAAGUCGACACUCUGUGUUAGGAAAUUUGAUAGGCGAAUAUGGUGAAGGAAGUUCUAGUAGUCAUUUGAAGAUGAAAGAAAAAGGCAAAAAGGUAUCGAUUAGAGGUCAAGCAUUUGGCGUAGGCGCUUUCGAGGCGGACGAUGAAGAUAUCUAUGCGACCGAGGACAUGUCGCACUAUGACUUCGCUAUCGGGGGGAAAGAGAAGGAGAUAGUUAAGAAGAGUGCAGAGAAAAGCGCUAAUGUGUUAGAAGGGUUCAUGAAAGCAAAGAAACCACAAACCCCAAUAUCCGCCUACCCGCCGCCGGCACUCCCCCGGGACUUCGCCCCCGCGCCCGCGGGACUCAAACGGUCGCGGUUUGAGCCCACUGAAGCAAUACCGCGGGAUCAGGGUCUCGGCCGCCAUGAACUAACUGCAGAAGCGCGAGGAGCACUAUUAGGCGAGACUUCACGCCCAAAGACACAAAAAACACAAGAAACAGACGAAACACAACAAAUGGAAACACAAACACAAAAUCCAGACCUAUCUAAAAUCCUUGGCAAAACUAUUAACUUGUCGAAUACACAAGGAGAAAGUUCGCAAAAUAACAAGGAAUUAGAUUUCAUAUCUAUAAAAGAUUCAGGGAAAGAUGUAAGGGUUUUCAAGCCUUUUAUGAGUGACCCUGAAAAACAGGCGAGAUAUGAGCGGUUUUUAGAAAAUAAGGUGUUAGAAAAAGAUGGCAAUAAGGAUAGAUUGAGCGAGUGGGAAAGGAACAGAGAGAGGCUGGAGUUUGAACAAGCAGCUAAAUUGUAUAAACCAUUAUCAGGAAUUAUUGGGGAAAGGUUCACUCACGCUUCCGAACCAGAUGAGGCAUUGAAUCCCCUCAGUAGCGUCGCCAAAAGCUCCAUCAAUCGCGGUUUAGCCACACCAGAACAAAUCGAGGCGGCUAAAAUAGGGGCGUAUGGUGUUAUGACUAGGAGUGUAACAACAUGGCGACCGAAACCGCUAGCUUUUAAAAGAUUCAACCUACGGGAUCUUGAUGGUAACAGAAUUGUUCCAAAAAAAGAAGAUAAACCUAAAGCAUCAGUAUUCUCCUAUGCAGAAUCGUCUGUGCACAAUAAAGAAAGUUUUACUAAAGAACAAAGCAAAUUCAGGGGUUCAAAAUCAUUAGUUGUAGAACCAAUUAAAAACAACAGUAAUAAAGAAAAAGAAAAUACAAAUGUAACUAAAAUCAGUGCAGUAUCAAAUACAACAAAUACUCCUAGUGAAGUCAAUAACACUUGUAACAAAAGGAUGACAGUUGCUGAAUUAUUUCUAAAAGAAUCUGAGAAAGAUUUAAAAGAAAAAGAUAAAGGCACUGAAGUAGUUCAAACCAUAGAGAAAUUUGACAAAAUGGAUCUAUACAAAUCGAUAUUUCUAAGCGAUAGUGAAGACGAAAUAGAAGAAGUUAAUAAAGAAGAAACUACAAAUUCUAAAGAUUAUAUGGAUAAGCCAAAAAAUGUUGAAAGAAAUCUUUCUCCACCGAGAGGUAUAUUCGCAAAUAUAGACUUUGACGAACUCAACUCUUGGAAAAGACGUUCUGAUGACAAAAAUAAUGAAACACAAACAAAAUGUAGUGAAAAUGACAACAAAGAAAGAGAUGGCAAAGACAAAACAAUUGAAGAAAAUAAAAAUGGAUCUAUGGAAGUCGAUGCAGUCUACGGCCCCAAAAUACCAGAUAAUAUACAAAAAAGAUUACAAUCAGAACUGCCUACUGAUUCUCGGCGGACAUUUCGAAAGAAAGUUGAGCGUGAAAUUGAAGGAAGUUCUUCAAGUUCCGAUUCAUGGGUCGAAGCGAAGGAAUUAAAAUCAAAGAAGCAGAAAAAGAAAAGUAAAAAGCAGAAGUCAAAAAAUUUGAAAUCGAAGCGUAAGAAUAAGAAA